ACAGAAAAACUUCUCAGGACUGACAGGCAUUCCCCCAUACUGGUGUAUUUGAUUCGUUAACAACGUUUAGCCACCAAAUUAAAUAUGGCUGCUGGAGUGGCAACAUGGCUACCGUUUGCCAGGGCAGCGGCCGUUGGCUGGCUUCCUCUGGCCAAGAAAAUCAUGCCCAAACCACCUGUGGACAAAAAAAGCCGUAACGACGAGAUCCUGUUCGUAAACGUGAGCGGGCUCCGCUUCCAGACAUGGAAGAACACGCUGGACCGCUAUCCUGACACUCUGCUGGGCAGCUCGGAAAAGGAGUUUUUCUACAACGAGGACACUCAGGAGUAUUUCUUCGACAGGGACCCAGAAAUGUUUCGGCACAUUUUGAACUUCUACCGCACCGGCAAGCUUCACUACCCGAGGCAGGAGUGCGUUCAGGCCUUCGAUGAGGAGCUGGCGUUUUACGGCAUCGUGCCAGAUAUUAUCGGUGACUGCUGCAUGGAAGAGUACAGGGAUCGCAAGAAAGAGAACCAGGAACGUUUGGCCGAAGACACGGAGGCUGAGAUGGGGACGGACACCCCUUUGCCACCAAACAGCACACAUCGGGAACGUUUGUGGCGUGCCUUUGAAAACCCCCACACGAGCACCAUGGCUCUAGUUUUCUACUAUGUCACUGGCUUCUUCAUUGCCGUCUCGGUUAUAGCAAACGUGGUGGAAACUGUCCCCUGCCGACCCCUCAAAGGCAGCAAGAAAGACUUGCCAUGUGGCGAGAAGUUCUCGUUGGCGUUUUUCUGCAUGGACACGGCCUGCGUCCUCAUCUUUACGUUCGAGUACCUCAUGAGGCUUUUCGCCGCGCCCAGCCGUUGCAAGUUCAUGCGCUCGGUCAUGAGUGUAAUCGACGUUGUUGCCAUCAUGCCAUACUACAUCGGCCUGGUCAUGCCUGAGAAUGAGGACGUGAGUGGAGCAUUCGUCACGCUAAGAGUGUUCCGCGUCUUCCGGAUCUUCAAGUUCUCGCGUCAUUCUCAGGGCCUGCGAAUCCUGGGUUAUACUCUGAAGAGCUGUGCUUCCGAGUUGGGCUUCCUCCUGUUUUCCCUCACCAUGGCCAUCAUCAUAUUUGCCACCGUCAUGUUCUACGCGGAGAAAGGCACCAAGGGAACCAACUUCACCAGCAUCCCAGCCUCCUUCUGGUACACCAUAGUCACCAUGACAACACUUGGGUAUGGAGACAUGGUUCCAAACACCAUCGCCGGAAAAAUCUUCGGCUCUAUCUGCUCUCUCAGUGGCGUGCUGGUUAUCGCCCUUCCUGUACCUGUCAUUGUGUCCAACUUCAGCCGAAUCUACCAUCAGAACCAAAGAGCUGACAAGAUGCGAGCCCAGCAGAAAGUCCGUCUUGCCAGGAUUCGCUUGGCCAAGAAGGGAACCACCAACGCCUUCCUACAAUACAAAGAUGAAGGAGGAUUUCAUGAUCGGGACAGUGAUAACGCUUUGUGUCUGAAGAACAAAUCUUCCUUUGAGCACCAACACCAUCACCUGCUGCAUUGUCUGGAAAAGACAACAAAUCAUGAGUUCACAGAUGAGCUGACGUUCAGUGAGAUGUGUAUGACUGAGUCAAUGGGUUAUCGUACCAGUCGCAGCACUUCCAUCUCCAGCCAGCAGGGGAUGUCGACAUCCUGCUGCCCCCGCAGGGCCAAGAGAAGAGCCAUCCGCCUCGCCAACUCCACCGUAUCCGUCAGCCGGGGCAGCGUCCAGGAGCUGGACACUCUGCAAGUGCACAAAUCCUCUUCUGGACUCCAGAGCCGCUCCAGUCUCAACGCCCGGACUGAAGACCUGAAGCUAAACUGUGAAGAUAGGGAUUUCACCGCGGCUAUAAUCAGUAUACCCACCCCACCCGCCAACACCCCUGACGAGAGUCUGCCGCCCUCUCCUGCCUUUCCCGGAAUCUUACGCAACUCUCGCACUAAUUUCUACACCCAUGAGACAGUGAAGAUCUCUUCCUUAUAAACACCACAAGCACACAAGCAUCCCCUAAUUGCACAACAGAAAGAAAGAGAUGGGGGCUUCUCCCACGAAAGAUCGCAAAUGCCACAGAAAAGACAAAGUGCAUCUUGUAACGAAUCUGCUUCAUUCCAAAAUCAACAAUUCGACGUGGACUCGCAUGAGCUGACGUGUUUUUGUGACCCCGGACAGUUCACACAGAGACUGAUCUUCCGAGCUUGGGGGAGAUUGAAAAGAUGAACUCAAUAGCAUUUUACGAUAAAUCAGCAGUUAUAGUGGCACAGAAGGCCUUUUACUUUUAAGAUAUGCAAUGUUUCAACAACCAGGAAUUAUGCCUAUACGUCCACUGCGUAAUACAGUUGCAGGAAAGAUUACAAAUGUGGAAAUUAUCAUAAAGUACAUCGAUAUAUUGAAGCCGUAGAUCUUUGCAGGGAAAACUACAAUUACAGAAACAAUGGCCGAUAUAAAGGAGGUGGUGUAUAUGUAUCAAUAUUUGUAUCAUACGUCUUUAGCUCACAUGCAUCUUCAAAACCCCACAAAAAAGACAAGAUUUCUGACCCAAACAUGCAUGAUGUUGUAUAGUAGAUACCAUGGCAGAGAAUGGAGCGGCCAACAUGCUACUCUCACAUACUUUUGCAUGGUACUUCUUUUACCUCCGUUUCGUUUGUCCUGUUUUCUUUCUUAACAUUGAUGAAAAAAGAUGAUAUUUACAGAGUAUUAAUGAUCAAACGUGCUGCACCAGAUGUGCACAUAAAAAAAUAAAUAAAAUAAAAACAUUCAGGCAUGUUCUUUGCAAAAUCUGAGGUCGGACUAGUGCAGCGAUGUGUUUGUGUGAUGGGUGACUGGGAAUGACUUGUGUUAUUUGAUCACAGAUAUGCAUGGAUACCGUUGUAGGUAUUUUUAUGUGUUUUCUCCCAUGGGAAAAUGAAAGGUUUCUAUAGCAUUUUAAAGCAAAUGGAGGGCAUUUACCACUGUCAUCGAGAACUACUGCGGUAAUUAGAGUCACUUCAACUUAUUUUUCAUUUGGCUUAGUAAUUAAGUGUAACCUUUAAAUCCUAGCUAUAUUUAUACAAUAUAGCUUAUGCAUUGAACACAGCUAUGUAAGGGUCCAGUGAACCACUUCUCUAAUUUGAUUUAAAGCUCAUCUGUUAAAUAUCAUAAGCAGCAAUGAGACAGGCAAUAAUAGUGUAAUUAUUUUUUACUACAGAACAGAAGUGAAAGAUACAAUUAUAUAUGGAAAUUAGUACAAAAAAGGAGAAAUGCAAAUGGGCACUUGACUGUGAUGAAAAAUAUAUUUGUUACUGUUUACACGCAUUGUUCCUAAGUUAUUUUUACGUUAGUUUUGGCUCUCUCUCUCUCUCUCUCUCUCUCUCUCUCUAGUAUGAAGUGUGAAGUGGUAAAUUUAGUAGUUGGUCAGGUACCUGCUCAUUUAAAGGAGGGGUUGUUGGAUGAAACGGUUCCCUAUAGGAGAUUAAAGAGUUAGAUAUCAAAAGCACAGAGGUGUAAAUCUAUUCCACAAAUAAAGUGAACAGAACUCAGAAAACACAGUGUCUGUCGGCUCUCUAUCACACCUAAAGAUAUGAUUCAGUUAUUUUGUUUGAUAUGUGUCAUUAUUUAAUAUCAACAGUGGCCCCAAAAAUGUCUGAAUGUCAUCUGUAUAUGGUCUUUUCAUCAAAUGUGCUGACACCAUCUGAUAUUUUAUAGUGCUAAUCUUUAAAAGUAACUUUUUUCUUGUUUUCUCCCAAGGGAGCACUGUGUAAUUGGCUAUCAAUUUGCAUAAUGUUAGAAAUUGCCAUUAAAUCAUAAGAAUUUAGCAGAGCGUAAUUACCCAGACUGCAGCCAAUGAUUUACUGUUAAGUCAACAUGAAAUGGCCAUUUAACUUCUAAAAUAUGACAUUUCAGAGAGGAACAGAAUAUUCCAAUGCUAAAGAUAAGUAGGGCGAGGCUUGAUUCUAU